CUUUCUUCUUGAUACCAUCAGCUCUUCUGUCGACACUACCGAGUGACUAUCUGGCUUAUUUUGCAUCGUAUGCGCCAGAAUUGCAUGGGGAUCUCACAGCACAGAUGCUUCAGUCGCGUUAAUGGCACCGCCCGCGAAGCGUCGCCGGCGGAAUACCGUUGAGGCGUCCGACGAUGAAGACGAGCAGCCCAAGGCCAAUACCUUGACUAAUUUCCUUCUAUCCUCACCAAGCACUCCAUCAAAGGCACGAGCGCCUACCGCAUCACCGAGCCCCGCGAAAAGACGAACCGCGAAUGGUCAAUCCAACAAUGGCAGCCCUCUUCGCCCGUCGCGAUCGCUAAAGAAUGGCACAAGCUUCAGCCCUAAGAAAACCCGCGAUGCGGGCAAAGUUGAAGACAAAGGGAAGACGGCAGAUUUGAAGACUCUCUUCUCUAAACAGGCGCAAAAGGCGACAAGGCCGGGGUUGGGAGCCGAUAGAAAGACAGAACCGAUAGACGAUCUGAUUCACGACCCUAUAUCCGACGAUGACGAGAUAUCAGAGUUCAAAGCUAGCUCCUCCAGCUUGGUUGGGCAGCAUGUGAGGAAACGACUGAAAGGUUUGAGUGCCGGGACUCAAUCCACCCCCACAGGCUCGUUAACUAUGAGCCAACGGUUCCUCAAGCCAAGUCGACCGACAACCACUGAUGCAUUGAAUGAUGACUUACGCCCGUGGUCGGAACGAUUUGGCCCGCGAAACUUGGACGAACUGGCAGUACACAAGAAAAAGGUUGCAGAUGUCAGGAGAUGGCUUGAGGACGUUAUGGGAGGUCGAAUGAGGCAGCGGGUGCUGAUAUUGAAAGGCGCCGCUGGCACUGGGAAGACCACAACAGUCCGCCUUUUGGCAAGCGAUAUGGGGUCUGAGAUCCUAGAGUGGAAGAAUCCUGCGGGAAAUGUAGUGACUGGUUACGUCUCGUCAUCGGCGCAAUUUGAGGAUUUCCUUGGGCGAGGAGGCAAGUUUGGGGCUCUAGAUUUGGAAGAACCAGAGCCAUCAUCCACGCCGGCGAGCUCAAGCGGCGCCGCGCAAAACGGCAGCAGCAGUAGCAGCAGAAAGAUAAUUCUCAUCGAAGAAUUCCCAAACACCUUUUCUCGAAACUCAACUGCGCUGUCAUCUUUUCGACGGACCAUCCUUCAGUAUCUGGCGUCGCAAACGCCGUCUCUCCAUACCUUUGGACAGCAGAAGCGAACAGAGCCCAUAACGCCCGUUGUUAUCAUAAUAUCGGAGACAUUGUUGACUACGACGUCGGCUUCAGCAGAUAGCUUGACUGCUCAUCGACUGCUUGGACCAGAAAUCCUCCGACAUCCAGGAGUCGGCCUGAUUGAAUUUAACGCGAUAGCCCCUUCGCUGUUAUCCAAAGCUCUGGAGGUUGUUGUGCAAAAAGAAUCACGAAAGUCAGGUCGGAGGCGAACACCAGGGCCGCUGGUACUAAAGCGGCUCGGUGAGAUUGGCGACAUUCGCAGUGCCAUAUCAUCGCUCGAGUUUCUAUGCUUAAAGGGAGAUCAAGAUACCGAUUGGGGAUCCAAAGUAACGUUUACAAAGCAGAAGAAAGGAGCAAAAGAUGCCAUUGCCCUUACACGCGGCGAAGAGGAGAGCCUCGAACAAAUAUCUCAGCGCGAAGCUAGCCUGGGCAUUUUCCACGCCGUUGGCAAAGUGGUCUACAAUAAGCGAGACGAUAUGCCAUCGAAUGAUCCAGCAGAAAAGCUACCGAGUUAUCUGUCGCAGUAUUCGCGCCCAAAAGCAUCACUGGUAUCUGUUGAUUCUUUGAUCGACGAGACUGGUACCGACACGCAUACGUUCAUUUCGGCUCUACACGAGAAUUACGUGUUGUCUUGCGAAGGCACUGAUCCGAUGGACCUCUCGACUCCGAUUGAUUACGUCAAUGAAUGUAUUGAGUAUCUUUCCCUGGGUGACUUGCUUAGUCCUUCUGGAGACGUCUUCUUUGGCGGACGUGGCGGAUUCGGCGGGAACUUUGGAGAUUCUGCAAGCCAUGUCCUCCGGCAGGAUGAGAUAACGUUCCAAGUCGCGGUACGCGGCAUGCUCUUUUCCCUACCUAAUCCCGUCAAGAGAAAACCGGUAAGUACGCAAAAGGGCAGCGACGCAUUCAAGAUGUUCUACCCGACAAGUCUCAAGCUUUGGCGGACAAAGGAAGAGAUUGGAGGACUCAUUGACGUGUGGUCUGGGAAAAUUCUGAGAAGCGAAGCUGAGCUCCCAACGAGGAACAUCAUGGACGGUGCUAGCAUCUUUCGACGGAAUCAGCUCUCUGCCAGCUCUAACCAGGGGCAGAAGAAGCAAGCAGACAAAGCUCUUGCGUCCAAAGAUACCAAGCAAAGAGAAGGCGAAGAAGAGAGUGACAGCCCCCCGAUUAUGACCCUUGGCAGCACAUCUCGCCGCGAACUACUUCUCGAACGGCUCCCCUACAUGGCACACAUUGCCCGCUGCCGCAAGACAGGCAUACGGCAGCGAGACCUCGAAAAGAUUGUUUCCUUCUCCGGCGUGAGCGUCUCGCCAGACGACGAGUCUGAUGCUGACGAUGAUGGCGCAACGGGAGAGAUGUGGGCAACAGAUAAGCCAUCGGAAGACGGCACCCCCCGGAAGAAGAGGAUGGGUAUCAAAGCCGGAACAGGUGUUACAGGGAUGUUGAAGCAGAAGCUGGUUCUCAGCGAUGACGAUAUUGAAGACUAACUGGGAAAGAAAGAAAGAAAGAAAGAAGAAGAAGAUAUAUGAGAGGCGUUUAACCGGGAUCGAAUGUAUUAUGGGAUUGAACAUGACAUACAUGGAUUUUUGGGAGUUUGAUCUGCAUUUUUUUUUUCUCCCCUUUCUUAUCUUUGACAGCCCGGAGUUCUAUGUGUAACUAUACUAUAAAGCAAUGUGCAUCUAGAAGAUGUAGGAUCGAUAGCUGUUUGCGAGUAAGAAAAGGGGUGCGUCAUAAGGGCAACCUGUGUUUUUUGCACCGCUUUGACAUCAGCAUCUCCAAAUAAGAAACUUUCAAGGUUAUUUACAGGACAAAAUGAAAUGGGGAAAGCCUAUCGCAAAAACAUAUUGCGUCUUUUUUUGACACAGUAGUAGUAUAGUCUUAAU